AUGGGUGUUAUUGGAUGGUCAUUAACCGCACUGUAGGUCUUACGAAAUAUUUUUAGAAUAAAAAAAUUCAAAAGUGAAAAUUAAAAAAAUUGCCAAGAAAUCGCCUGCAGUGAUAUGUUUUGAUGACUAUUUGCUUCCAGACUAUGCCUGUCCCUUCUGUUCGUCAUUGGCAGUGUUUUUGUUUGGUGGUGUCGGACUCAACAAAGAAGAGAUUUGGAAUUUCGUCAUCGCCAUUAUACAUGGCUGCUGAUCAAAGAGAGACAAAGAGCCGAGCCUGAUCCGCCGUCCGAAUCCUUGAUUACUUUGUAG